UGACAUUUCCUAACAGGUAUCAAAUUGGAAGAUAAGGAUAUGGAGUCUAGGUUGUUUCAGCUCCUGUUUACAUCCUUUUUGCUAUUGAGCUAUGUCGGAACUGGUGGGAGUGCCGGUGUUACGAGUAGUUUCAUUCGUUCCGAGUGGCCAGCUAUUGACAUUUCAGUGGACAACGAAAUUCUUGCAGUUCCCAAGGGCUAUAAUGUGCCACAGCAAGUGCAUAUUACCCAAGGUGAUUAUGAUGGAAGAGGCGUCUUAAUUUCGUGGGUGACAGCUGAUGCACCAGGUUCAAACAAUGUACAUUAUGGAUUGAAGGAGAAGAAAUAUGACUUUUCCGCAGAAGGAAAAGUGACGAAUUAUACUUUUGGUACCUACAAGUCUGGAUACAUUCAUCAUUGUCUUGUUAGCGAUCUUAAGUUUGACACCAAGUACUAUUACAAGAUUGGGGAUGGAGACUCUGCUAGAGAAUUUUGGUUUCAAACACCACCCAAGAUUGGUCCAGACACUCCAUAUACUUUUGGAAUCAUUGGUGAUCUGGGACAAACAUACAAUUCUCUUUCCACUCUUCAACAUUACAUGCAGAGUGCAGGACAGGCAGUUCUAUUCGCUGGUGAUCUUUCUUAUGCUGACCGAUACCAAAAUGCUGAAGUUGGCAACCGUUGGGAUACAUGGGGACGUUUUGUUGAACAGUCUGCAGCUUAUCAGCCAUGGCUUUGGAGUGCUGGAAAUCAUGAAAUUGAGUACAUGCCAUACAUGGGGGAGGUUAUUCCUUUUAAAUCGUAUCUCCACAGAUAUCCUACACCUUUUGCAGCUAGCAAUAGCAGUAAUCCUCUUUGGUAUGCCAUAAGACGUGCAUCAGCUCACAUAAUUAUGCUCUCCAGCUAUUCUCCAUUUGUGAAAUACACUCCUCAAUGGAUGUGGCUCCACGAAGAGCUGAAAAGAGUGGAUAGGGAGAAAACUCCAUGGCUUAUUGUCAUUAUGCAUAUCCCUAUCUACAACAGUAACGAAGCUCACUUCAUGGAAGGUGAAGGUAUGCGUUCCGUCUUUGAGGAAUGGUUUGUCCAUUACAAAGUUGAUGUUGUCUUUGCCGGCCAUGUCCAUGCAUACGAAAGAUCGUAUCGCAUUUCCAACAUCCGUUACAACAUUACAAGUGGAGAUCGGUACCCAGUACCUGACAAGUCAGCUCCUGUCUAUAUUACUAUUGGAGAUGGAGGAAAUCAAGAAGGUCUUGCUUCAAAGUUUAGUGAUCCACAACCUGAUUACUCUGCGUUUCGCGAAGCCAGUUAUGGACAUUCAACCCUAGAGAUUAAGAACAGAACACAUGCCCUAUAUCAUUGGAACCGCAAUGAUGAUGGAAAGAAGGUGCCAACGGAUGCCUUUGUACUACACAAUCAGUAUUGGGGUAGCAACGGUAGAAGGAGAAAACUGGAAAAGCAUUUACUGCAAACGUCGAUCUGAUUAUCGAAGCCUUCAACAUGUAAGUAUAAAUAUAUAGAUGUGAAGAUGAUCUUCCUUCCUUAAAAAUCUGUUUGGUAAAAUGAUUGGAUUGUUGUAUUUCUAGAUGACAUGGUUUUAGCUUGAGUUGUAUACAUAUUAUUGUACUUUGGAAUUGUAAAAAUAUUCAGCCAAUUUGAAAACUAUGUAUUUUUAGUUCAAUAAGAGAAAUCACCAUUGUACUUUUUCAA